ACAAAAAUGGACUCUCGUUUGGCAGAGAUUUUAGAAACUUAUCGUGGACGCGAUAAAAUCAUCCGAUUGACUGCUUAUUCGUGUGGUUUCGUAGGAGGACUCCUUAGUAAUACGAAACUGAGGUCUUUAGCUAAAAGUCUAACGAUUUUAUCGGGUAAUUUGAACGAAACCCGGACUGUUUUGAGACUAUUUGAUGAUGUGUCGAUGUGGGUGCAUUGCAAGAAUUAUGGCGUUGGAUCUAAGGAAGAAGACCUAUUUCUUCGUUUAACGACUUUAAUUGACAACUUCCUUGGUCAAGCAUACUAUCCAGUUGAACACAUUGCCUGGGCAAGAGACAACAAAAUCCUCCAAGGCAAAACAAAUCUUUUGUGGGCAGUGGGAAUUCUUCUCUGGUUGGGCUCCCUGUGUGUCAGCAUUAUUCAGAGUUUAUGGCUUCUGAGACGCUUAAGAAAAGAUGUUGAAAACUGGAGAAAAGAAGGAAAAAAAAGGCUGGAAGAAGAAGCAGGAACAGGGACGAGCUUAGAGGAGCACACACAGUCAAGAACUGUUAACCAACCCGGCAUUGACAGACAACUACAAGAGGCUCGCUAUCUCCAAGAACAAAAAUUCUGGACCAAGGCAAGGGAACGACAGCUCAUUGUAACAAUUGUUGUAAGCCUUGCUGAUGCUUGUAAUGCAAUUCACUGGCUUCCUCCUGGAUUCCUGUGGUCUGGAACCUUCAAUCAAACAGUGGUUGGUUUUUUCGGCACAGUUUCUUCUGCAGCAAUGCUAUACAAUUAUCUUAACCCUGUUAAACCAAUUUUCAAGGAGAAAGACAUAUGAUAGAUAGCCAUUUCUUAGCUAUUUCAACAAUUUAUUUGCUACAUUAUAAUUGUGAUAAAAAUUACAAUUUAAGCUAAGGUUUCCAUACGUUAAAUUCAUACCAAAAACAUGGCUUUCUGCACUCUAAAUGGUGCUGUGAUAUCUUUUGAAUUUAUAAAAUAUCACUGUGUUCCUUGAAUACAGAUUUAAUUACUCAAUAUUAGCCUGACAUUGUCAGAAGACACUUGAAUAUGGAUACAAGUAACUAAAACAAAGAAUUGUACGCUCAAGGGAAUAACACUGUCAGUAAAUGAAUCAGAGGCUAACCCUGAGUAAAUGAGUCUGUAAUCAAGAAAUACAGCAAACAUGAGACCGUCUUUACCACAAGGAUAAGAAUUUGUUAAAGACUUGAGUAUUUAGUACAUUUUUUACUUAUAAUUUAAAAUCCUGCCUA